ACUGAGGCGCAAGCUCGCAAGCGCUUCGUCGUCGUUUGUACACGGCUGACCUUGUGGGUUAAAUGGACACUAAUGACGCCGAGGAAAUGGGCAACCUGGUUGUCGACUUGGACGGCGCAAAAGGCGUCUUCACGGGAACGCUGAUCGACUACCGUAUGCCUUGCACGGCGAGCGAGGACACGACAUGCCAAAUUGUAUCCAACCUUUCCGUGUGGAACGAAUUUCUCUGUUGGAUUCAACUGGAGCUGCGCGAGUUGCCGGAAACCGGGAGGCAAAUUGGCCUGGUGCACUGCGCUGCAGGUUUGGAUCGCGUCUCCCGUCAUCCAGCGCUCGUGGCGGAGCUCGCCGAAGUGCUGUCCAUCGACCAGGUCGAGGCAGCUGACAUGGUGCAACGACGGUUCCGAAGCAUCGAGGGUUUACAUGAAUUCAUGCGACUGGCCGGUGUCGUCAAAGGGCGUGUCACGUGUCUGCCACGUGAGGAUGGGCGCAUGCAACUGGACGACCUCAACGAUGACUGCUGGGCCCACGUGAGGCGGUACUUGGAGUUGGAUGACUUACCAUAUAGCUCUGCGUCUCCGUCGAGUCCGUAGGCACGUUUCGUGUUCGGAGCUUUUCGUGUACCUGUUUAUGUAAUAAAAGUUUAUUGAAGAAAAAAAUGACCACUGCUC